UCACUCUUCCCGUUAGCCCCGCCCGCCGCCUCUCGCCCGGUCCGUUCCAAUGUCUCAGUAAGCGGCGGAGAGCAGAGCGGGGGAAGCGGCCGGGAUUACAGCGGCAGCUCCGCUCCCCGGGAUGUGAGUGUGACCCCGAGUGAUGGGGGAGCGCCCCUAGUCUCCUCUCAUCUGCCCGGCCUGCGCUGCUGUGUCACCGGCCCUCGCAAUGUCUGUGAAGGAGAAUCCGUGUAAGAAGUUCCAGGCCAAUAUCUUCAACAAGAGCAAAUGUCAGAACUGCUUCAAGCCCCGGGAGUCGCAUCUCCUGUCAGACGAGGACCUCAAUCAGGCCAAGCCCAUUUACGGAGGAUGGCUUCUUCUUGCGCCAGAGGGCACCGAUUUUGACAACCCAAUGCACAGAUCCCGGAAAUGGCAGCGGCGAUUCUUCAUCCUGUACGAGCACGGCCUGCUGCGGUACGCCCUGGACGAGAUGCCAACUACUCUACCACAGGGGACCAUCAACAUGAACCAGUGCACGGACGUCAUAGACGGGGAGAGCCGCACUGGGCAGAAGUUCUCCUUGUGCAUCAUGACCCAGGAGGAACAUUUUAUCAGGGCAGAGAACAAAGAAAUAAUCAAUGGGUGGCUCGAAAUGUUAGUCGUUUACCCCAAGACCAACAAGCAGAAUCAAAAGAAGAAGAGGAAAGUGGAGCCCCCCACUCCACAGGAACCUGGACCAGCGAAAAUGGCGGCAACCAGCACAGGGAUACCCAAUGCAGAAAAGGUUCCGGCCACCAAAUCCACUCUCUGGCAAGAGGAAGCGAAGAACAGGGAUGGACAGGAGAGUGGCAGCAGCAGUCCCAUCCAGAGUCCGGUCCACAUGCCUUCUUCCCCAAGUGAGCCUGCACCAGACAGCAAAGUCGAUGGAGGCUUGGUGAAUGGAGACAGAGUUGACGGCGGACGCAAGACUCGAGUGGAAAGCGGCUAUUUCUCACUAGAGAAGACUAAAGACUUUAAAUCUGAAGAUCAGCUGUUACAGAGCCCACCUUCACCUUCCACCCCUGAUGCGCCCAGCAGGCGUUCUCUGGUCAUUGAGAAGUUUGAAGCUUUGGACAUCGAGAAGGCAGAACACAUGGAGACCAGCUGUUCCACCGUCCCCAGCAGCGAGGCCCGGCAGGGCCGCAGUGAGAAGCGCACCUUCCCAAGGAAAAGAGACGAGACAGGGGGGACCUCUAUUCCUGAUGUGUCGGCUUCUCAUAUUUCACCAUACCGAAGGGCCAGAUCCCUGGAUCGUCGAUCCACAGAAUCCUCCAUGACGCCGGACCUAUUGAACUUCAAGAAGGGUUGGCUGACCAAGCAGUAUCAGGAUGGGCAGUGGAAGAAGCACUGGUUUGUGCUGACUGACCAGAACCUGAGAUAUUAUAGAGAUUCUGUGGCAGAAGAGGCUGCUGACUUGGAUGGGGAAAUUGAUCUGUCCACCUGUUUUGAUGUCACGGAGUACCCGGUCCAGAGAAAUUAUGGGUUCCAGAUUCAUACAAAAGAAGGGGAGUUCACUCUUUCUGCGAUGACCUCGGGAAUUCGGCGGAACUGGAUGCAGACCAUCAUGAAACAUGUGCGACCCAACACUGCCCCUGAUGUUACCAGCUCGUUGCCCGAGGAGAAGAGUAAAACAGCAUCUUCAUUUGUCUCCAGUUCCAUCCAAAGUGAAAAGCAGGAUUCGGAGCACUCGGACGCAGAUGGAGAGCAGAAGAGGAGCCGGGCACGGGAGAGAAGAAGAGAAGGGCGUUCUAAGACCUUUGACUGGGCAGAGUUCCGACCCAUUCAACAAGCACUGGCUCAAGAACGAGCUCAAGCAGCUGAGGUGACAAAGUCUGUUUCUUGUUAUGACACCACUGACUCCAAGAAUGAUCUUGGGGAGCUGGAGCGGGAACGAAUACGGCGAAGAGAAGAACGCAGGAAAAGGUUUGAGAGCUCGGACUCCGUGGAGGAGUCUACAGGUGAAGAAUCCUCACGUAUGGAGGUAGAUAAAGGACCGGCGUCUUCUGAUUCCAUUGGCAUUAGGCCAAAUGUUCAAGUGGAAAUUGAGCAGCGCUGGCAACAAGUAGAAACCACUCCAUUAAGGGAAGAAAAACAAAUACCCAUUGCUCCAUUGCCUUUAUCCAGUGCUUCCCCCAAACGCACCACUGAAGACAUUACAGUACUCUUGGAAAAGCAGCUGGAGCAGAGUCAGAAAGAAGUGUCUGAUCUUCUGGCCGAAAACCUAGUGCUGCAACAGAGACUCAAGAUGGCCUUGGAACAACAACAAAAUGCGAGAGAUGGAUAUGUGUUACAGACUGAAUUGGCAGAUCCAUCUUCGGAUGCCUGGCAGAGACUACAUAAAGUCAAUGAAGACCUUCAGAACGAGCUAGAGGCGCAGCGUAAGCGUCAGGAAAUGCUCAACCAUCAACUGCAGAGUAUCAAACACAGUUAUGGAGAAGCCAAGGAUAUCAUCAGACAUCACGAGGCUGAGAUUCUGAAUCUUCAAGCCCGUCUAAGCAGUGCAUCCGCCGAGCUUUCCAUUAAGGAGCAAGCUCUGACCAAACUAAAAGGAGACCUUAAGUUUGAAAAGGAAAAGGCUCAUGAAAUGCUGGAAGAAUGGAAAAACAGUGAGGUGGCACUAAGCUCCCAGCUUAAGGUCAGCCAGCAGAAGCUGAAAGAAGUAGAGUCUUUGCUUUUGGAGAAAAGGCAGGAAAUGCGUGAGCUUGAAAUGCAACAAGCUCUGCAGAAGGACUAUCAAAAGGAAGCACAAAGGUUGCAAGACAAGCUUGCAAGUCUGCAGGCUCAGCUGGAUGCAAGUGAACAAGCGCAAAGACUGAUAGAAGAGAGACUUCAGAUGAAUUAUGAGGAAUUGUUAGACCGCUCGGAAAAGGAGAAACAACUAUUAAUCCUCAACUUGAAAGAAACAGAAGCCCGUCUUGUAGAAUAUGAAGAUAAACUGCAGGAGAAAGACCAGGUGAUGGAGGUAUUACAUAAAGAGAAGCUCAAUGAUGGUGCCGAAGCUAGCGUAUUAGUUCACCACCUGGAAGAACAACUGGUGGGAAGGGAUGGCGCUAUUCACAGAUUGAAAGAAUGGAUCAGAGAGCUGGAGUUUGAACGGGACCAGCUUAAAACUACGUGUCAAGAAAUGGUCCAGCAGAUUGCUGGUUCAGACUCUGACAUCUCAAGUUUACAAAACAGAAUUCAGGUUCAAGAAAUGGAGUACAAUCAGUUGAGGAGUUCAUUCGAGAAAUCAACAGAGGAUAUCCUCAAAGUUCAAGAAUGUCUCAGAGCCAAAGAAGAAGAAUUGAAAAAUGUCUAUGAGGCUCACAGGAGGCUUAUGGGAAAAAAAGAUCAGGAUAUUAAUGAGGCACUUAUUAAGAUGGCAGCUCUGGGAAGCAGUCUGGAAGAUACUGAGACAAAACUGAAAGCCAAAGAAGAGGCGUUGAAAAGCUUGGGUGGGUUAUGUUCGGACUCUCAAGCAAAAGAAAUCGAGUCUGUAUAUCUUCAAUUAGAGACUGCAAAAUGUAGAAUUUCAGAGAUGGAACACUGUCUACAAGCUGAAGGCGGGGCUGUAUUUAGGGAAGAGUCGAAAAGAGAUGGUCUCAUGGAAGUUGUCCAUGAUGUCCCACUAGCCACUGCUGACAUAAAUGCUUGCACUCACUUUACAGAAAAAGAACAAGAGACGGGAGUAAAAAGACAGAGGAUACGAUUUUCCAGUAUUCAGUGUCAGAGAUAUGCUCAUCUUGACAGCACUGAGAAAACAUGGACAAGUUGUCCUCCCCCUGAUACAAACCAGGAGCAAUCUUCCUCUGAAGGAAGCAUCUCGCCUGAAGUUACUGUUCCAUAUCAAUCUUCUGGAGCUAACGACUUGGAUAGUUGUUUGUCCAUUAUCCAUUCUAUCGAAAGUAAGCUAUAUCUAACAGAGGAAAAUCUGAAAGAUCUGACUCUAAAGCUGGAAAAUGAAAAGACCAGUCAUAAGGAGACCCUUUUGGCUCUUCACAAUCAGUGGGCAAAUGCUGAGGCCAGUCUUAGGGAACAGCUACAAACUAGUAUAUGUCAGGUCAACUCUAUGGCAAAACAAUUGGAAGAUAUGCAAAGAGAGAAAUUAAGUUGCCACUCAGAUAUGACCAGAAAAGAAAUUGUAUGUUGCUUAGAAGCUUGUGGUAAUCUUCAGAAAGAACUACAUGAAACAGAUGAAUCAUACCCAGCCUCUUACUCACUGUCCAGCAUUAAACAUGGUUUGUCUGGCAUAAUUAAUUCUUUACAAAAAGUUCUCAAUGAUUUAUCAGAUCCCGCAGAUCUGGAUAAGGAUUCCCAAGCAGAAUCUACAAUGCAGUCUCCUUGGGGUUCCAUGCACAGACUUUCAGAAAAAAUAAAUUUCCAGUCUCAGUUAAUAUAUAAAAUGGUGGAGUCCCUUAAAAAAACAACCUUUGAAACUAGUCCACAGGUUCCAGAAGGUGGGCAGAAGGCAGGUUUCUCUACAGAUUAUCUGGUAGAGAGGUUUGCAAGGAAAGUUGAGCUAGAAAGAGAUUUCUGGGAUAGGGUUGAUCAGCUUGGAAAAGCUAUUGCGGGGAAUGAAGGGGUGGUAGAUCCUGAGGAGUCCAGUUUAAGACUAAGUUCAAGUUCAGAUCUUCUCCAAACCUUGGCAGACAAUACUCUGCUCAAAGCAGAGCUUGCACUUGCCAUUCAGAAGUCGAAAGCUCUAGAAGUCGAUCUUAAGAAAGUGGAAGCUGCGCUUGAAGGACUAUCUGUGGAGGGCACAGGAACAAAGACUUCUGGAUCUCUGACGUUAGGAGUCACUGAUUCUGAGCCAUAUAGCUCUGAGAACGUUAGCGUUUCAUGUUCAGAGGAGCUUUCUUUACAGUUAAAGGAAAAUGCAGAUAAACUAAAGAGAAUCUCGUGUGCCCUAAUGUCACUAUCGCAUUCAGAUUGUCAGGGAGCUAUUCAGACUCUGUUGGAAACACACCGACAAAUUUCUAGCUGUGUUCAGUCUAGCAGUUCUCUGCCAUUACUUGUACAAGAUGCUGUCGUGCAGGCCCAGCUUUGCUAUGUUGCUUGCAAAGCACGGCUUGAAUAUCGGAGAGAGUUGAGGAGGAAUAUGAAUGCUUUGUGCACGGCUCACUCUGAAGCUUUAUCCAAGGUCCAUCAAGACUACCAGGAGAUCCUACAUCAGAAGCAGAGUGAACUCUCAGAAGUUUUGGAAAGCGAAAGGAAUGCAACUGCUGCUGUAACCAAUAAGGCCAGAGAUGCAGAAAGAUUUCUCGGAGAAGCUGAAGCAAAAUUCAAUAAAACCAUGUCACAGCUUGAAAAUGAAUACAAAAUUGAGAUGCAGAACCUGAUGGAUCACUGGAUAGAACGGGAGAACACUUUGAAAUCACAACAGCUCGAGGUGGAUGCUAAACUUCAAGCUUCAGAAUGUGAGAGGGAAGAAGCAGAGAGGCUUCAUCGGGAGAAAAUCAAGCAAUUAGAGGCUCAGUUCCAAGAGCAAGUUCAAGAGCUCCAGAUCAUUCACAGAAAUGAGAUUAAAAUUUUGGAGGAACGGUAUACACAAAGCAUCCAACAACUUCAGGAUACCCUUGACAGCUGUCAUAGGGAUCAACCAUAUGCCCUGACACCAGUGGACUCCACUGCUUUCAGUGUCACUUCUGAUAAAGAAAUGGUUUGUAAUAUAGACUCCAUGAAUGUCCUGAAAGGUCGAAUUCUAGAACUGGAAGCCCAGAUGGACAGAAUGAGAGAGGAACUUGAACAGAGACAUCCAGAAGAAAAUAUGUCCUCCAUAAAGGAGAAAUACCAGGCAGACUUUGAGAACCUGAAGGUCCAGUUAGAUUACAUUAUUAAGUCUUAUUUUACUGUCAUCUCAUUAUUACUGUUUCUAACUCUUGAAGUAAUAGGGGGUGAUUUGUGAUGCCCUACACCAAAC